AAGGGAUAAUCAAAAGGCAGCACUCCCGGGUGCGAGGUUGUCGCCUUCGAAAUGGCGUCGUUGAGGACGCUUCUCCGCCUCAAUGGCGCAGGCCAACGUAGUGUUUUGCAACAAUGGAUUACUUCCAGACCAUGCUCGACAAUGGUUGUUGAGGAAGACCAUGCCCCUAUCGAGUAUGAUGUGCGGCUUAUCCAGGAUCGAGCAUCGCGGCCGGUGCGAAAGGAUGUUACUCCAAAGGGCAAGAGCAGGGUCAUGCGGGCCCUUGCCAGGACAUGGCGACCGCUAAAUCAGCCAUUGGCUGCCGGCUUCCGCGCCCGCACGGACCCAAUGGUUCACAGUGUUGAAGUCGAGAAGGAAAUCGAGCAGCUCGGAGAAGAAGCAGCUUCGUUCAUGGCCAAGUACCAUGAUGUCAGGUUCGGCGAAGCCUUUCCAUGGACGGAUCCUGCCAAGCCACCGGAUAACAUGGGUCAACGGCUCGGCUGGUAUGCGGAUCGGCUGGACAUUGACGGAGUGAAUGAGACACGCCAGGAGCUCAUAGAGUCUCGCAAGCUAACACAACACCUGGAAAACUGCUGGUUGGAUGCAUGCCUCUCCUGGCGCAUCAUUGACUUUGAAAUCCAGCGGGUUGAUGCGAUUGAUGAAGGCCGAGGACCUGAUGCAGAAACACAGCUGCUGAUGGAGGAGGAUCUACUCAGCCAGCUGCGUUCGACGUGGAGUGAAGUCGUGAUGAAGGACAGCGUAACACACGGUCUCUAUGCCUCUACGCUGGCUCAUAUCUGUCAACCGGCAAUAUCAAUCACUGCCGUGGAAAGUGCGCACGAGGAUGGUUUCCAAGUCCCGUUGACCACCUUCCAGUACAUGUUGGAGAAGCUGCCCAAGAGCUGGGACAGGCGAACACCGCCACUUGAAGAUGCUGCCAAGGUGGAAGAAGUGAUGAAUGUGCUGACCCUGAUGACUGUUGGACCCAGAGCUGCACAACCAGAUGCAUUGACGUUCCAGCGAGCGUGCUCUGCAUUCCACUAUGCUGGUAUGCCUGGUGCAAACAAAGUGUUCAGCAUCCUGGCUGAGAUGGACUACUGUAGGACGGAAGCCACUUUAGGUACCUACUACUAUGUGUUCAGUGCUGCCAUGAACUACCUCAACCGGCCCGAAAUUCUGCAAGAGAUCAUCAAGCGAUUGACGGUGUCCAAACGUUCUCUGACUGUUCGCAGUGAGGAAGAUCUGCAGUUCAUGAACCUCGCCGUUCAGCAGCUGGCACUCAACCCAGCGUCCGUCUCCGCCGGUGUUGUCAACGACGCCACCAAGCUGCUGAGCAUCGCCAAGGAGACGGGCUACGCAUGUGUGCAGAACCGCGCGGCCUUGAUUGAUGACUACGCACGGUUGAUUGGUUGCCUAGAACACUGCAGCAAUAGUUAUGCGGAGAAUCUGACAGAGUUGGUUGAGGAUGCUGUUGAGACCGGUUGCUAUCUCAACUUUCACACGUAUGCUGUGCUCGGUUCAAUGGGAGAGGGUCUAAAACGGGAGUACACACCGGGACUGUUUACCCGCGCCUGGAAAGUGAUGAAGAAGCAGCUUAUUCUCCAGCAAUAUAACAUAAUUUUCCCAGCAACACUGCUACAGACCAACCAACUGACCAAGUCGGCCCUCGGUGGCGGAAUCACCAAGACCAUUCAGCUGAGCAAAGUGGCCCAGAUGCCACUGCUCGAAGGCCUACUUGAAGACUUGAAGCUGUUUGAAGUGCUCGAGGAUGCUACCAAGCCGUUUAAAUUUCCCAUUCGGGAUGACAAUAACGAGUUGUUGGAGACCCACCAGCAAGCUGUUGUUCCUCUCUAUGCCUUCAAGAACUCUUUGCACUCUAUGCUACACGGCAACAUCAUCCAACAGGAGAUGGCUGGUGACUUGCUGAAUGCGAUGAAGGAGAUAUGUGUGCUCCAUCUGUGUGUGGGCAUGAAACCUACUCGUUUUGAUGUUUUGACAAUGGCUGAACUGGCAAUAGCAAGUAAUGAGUGUGACUUAGCUAUCAUUGCGGUGAAAUGCCUGAUCAACUUGCGCUUCAUGCCAGGCAAUCAGCUUCUAUCCCAACUCACUCAUCAAGUCUUGCAAGGCACCGAUGAGCUCACCUUGUUGGGCACUCUUGCUGUGGUGGCAACGUGUGGCAUUCGUCUUCCCAAUGACCGAUACAAGACCAUCGGUGCCCAGUUCUCACGGCCAGUUCUGCUAACAGCACUAUGGCUAGGCGAGCACACAGUCGAGAUCCGAUCCGGUAGAGAGUUGUCCACGGACCUGGUGCGUGUCUGGCCUCACGUCCUGGAGGCCAUCAAGGCACGACGAGACGGCAUUGACGACUUCCUCCUGGACGACGUCAACAAGGAUGGCAACGCGCGCAACUUGAAGAAGCUCUUCGAGGAAAUGACAGUUAAGAAACGCAUCUCACCGCUGGAUGUGGUUGAAAAGCCAAGUGCGGACACCCUGGUGGACGUCUUUGACACGGCAGAAUCUGAUGACGUAACUAUCAAGGCCGAAGAUACAACGGUUGACGUGGAGGGUGUCCUCAAGGAGGCUGAACUGACCGAAAGCGAGUAUAGAGGUUCCAAGACCUUCAAGGAUCCCAGAAAGGGCCGGCGAUAGUUCCAAGUGUCUUCUCCUCCCUGUGUGUCUAUCCGUCAUGUCUAUCCGUCAUCAUAUCUGAACAUUAAAAAUUGCUUUUAUUUGCACAUGACAUUUUAACGCUUCACAUGAAACCCUAGUAUGAUCCUGAUGGUCUUGUGAGAGAUUGCAUGAAGUUUAGUAGUCGCAUGAUCUGAUGAUGUAAAUAGGUUUUGUAAGUAGAAAAUUGUACAUAAUAAUAAUUAUAUCAAGACUGGCAUUAAAAAAAUUGUGAACUCAUCACCGUGAUAAAUGCUGUUUGAUGAUGGA